AUGGCAGCUGGACCACAACAAUUUCUGCACCAGCCAAAGCCGGCUCCGAACUUACAGAUACCUUCCGGAGCUUCGGCAAGAGUCCAGAUCAUCGACUCGACCUCUAGUCUUGAGGCUCCGCUGGAACCAUUCAUGCUACCUGCACUUCCUGGGCAUGAUACCCUGAAGGCUCCCUCUUUCAGUUUCUUGAUAGAACAAGUUUCUACCCGUCGCAAAGUCCUUUUUGAUUUGGGGGUCAGAGUGGACCCGGAGAACUACGCACCGGCAGUUCUGAACAUACUCAAUCGGCCAGGAUGGAAGACCAAGGCAGAAAGGUCCGUGGCAACAAUCCUACAAGAGAACGGUGUUGAUGCUGCUGGCGGAGCCAUUGAAGGAAUCAUUUGGAGCCACUGGCAUUACGACCACGUAGGGAAUCCUGCCACCUUUCCCGGAAGCACAGCUUUGAUCGUCGGACCAGGCGUUUCCGAAGCUCUUUUACCAGCUUACCCUUCGAAUCCUGAGUCUCCCUUGCUGGAGAGUGAUUUUGCUGGUCGAGACCUUAUUGUUACGGAUUUUGAUAAACGACCAACGGUCCAGCUCGGUCGAUUUCGGGCCGUUGACUUCUUCGGGGAUGGAUCAUUCUAUCUUCUGGAUGCGCCAGGUCAUGCGAUAGGCCACAUGUGCGGACUAGCGAGGGUGACUUCGAUUCAAGAAGGCGAUGACGAGGACACCUUCGUCUUUAUGGGAGCGGACACUGCACACCAUGGUGGCGAGUUCCGGCCUACGGAGUACCUUCCACUCCCUAGAGGCAUCGCACCGAGUCCUUAUGUAGCGAAAUACGCCAAUGUGUGUCCGGGCCACAUCUUUGAGGCUGUCCAUCCAACAAAGAGAGGCACGGAACCAUACUACCAUGUCAACGCUCCCUUUUCUCACGACACGGCGCAGGCUCAAGAAAUGUGCACUCAUAUGGAGGAAUUUGAUGCCGCAGACAACGUUUUUGUCAUCAUCGCGCACGAUGCAAGUAUGCUUGAUGAGCGAGUCGGCAUCGAAUGGUUCCCGCGAGGGGAUCUGCGAACUUGGAAGGCUAGAGAUUGUGCAAAGAAAGCUCGAUGGGGAUUCUUGCAGGAUUUGGUCAAAGCAGUCGAGGCAUCAGGAAUUGUGUGA